AUGAGCACUGAUGGUAUCCAAAUAACGAUCCCCGACUUCGAUGAUGAGGAUUACCGUUCCACGCCCAUCUUCGGACGCACGCCAGGUGCCAGCCUGUGGGGAACGCCGAGCUCAGGGCAAAACUCGCCCACCAUCCUGACCCCAGUCGCUCUGCCAGAGCGUGCGGAUAGGUCCUACUUUCAUUCUCGUGCCGAUUCCAUUACUUCCGAUGACUCCACACAUUCCCUUCAAUAUCCCACCCGCAAGGUCAAGUCUCCGUUUGUUCACUCCGCACAAUCGUCCUUCGCUGCGAAUGCAGCCAGCAGUUCCUUUACCAAGAAAUCAUCUUUCGCGUCACUCCGCAAUGCAUUCAAGAAGGCGAGCGAGCCUGCACCUCCUGUACCUGCACUGGAUCAACAGCCUUACCCUGCCUUGAAAAAUCCAUUCAACCGUUCAACCUCCUCGCUCGCUCAGCUGCCUCCGAUGCCUCAUCGGCAUCAGCCUUCAAUGCAAGCUAGCCCACCAAAUUUCAGGCCAUCCACCCCUGGAUCUGCCGAUUUUAGGGGUAGAUCGAUGCCCUCAAGAAUGAAAGAGCAUAAAUAUGGCCGCUCGCAACACUCACAUUCAAGUUCGGCCUUCCACAGUUCAGAUGGUGGUAGUGAUGCUGGCUAUCAUAUGACAUCCUCUUCGCCGCCACCCGUUCCGCGAAUGCCGCAUGGCUUUGGAGGAGUAACACACAGAGACGAGUCACGAUCGCUUUCGGAUUUGGAAGACAAGAUCAACAUGGAACCCCGCACACCUUCUGAUUACGCGCUGCAUGCUAUUUUCAUCCGCUUCGCGGCGUCGGCGGAAAUGCGCAUCGAUGAGUUCCUCAGACAGCCAUUGGAACGGGAGCCUGCACUUUCGGGUCUAAUUGGUCCAGGCGUCGAUCCCAAACUCGAUGAACUGUUGUUGUCUCUCGGAAAAAUCGCGCAGAAGCACGGAAAGCAGGUCAUUGACUCCAUCAUUCGGUGGCGCAAGUCACAGAACGAGAGCGUGAGCACCGAAAUGCAGCAAUAUCAUUUAUUGCAGGCAACCACCAGCGCACGUGGAGCGCGGCCGCAGGAUAUUCUGUCGAUUCUCAACGAGCGCAAGUCGCUCGCAUCUAUUUAUAUUAUGUGUCGCGCGUUGAUCGCGGCGACUGAGAAUGCAACUAAGGACGGCCUCAAUGACUCAACCGGGCACAGCUUAGAAGAACUGACCUUCGAGCAGUUCAAGAAACCGGACAUCAAAUCGCUGACUGCGUCUGCGAACCACCGCAGCAACGCGGAGCUGUACGCAAUUUUGUUAGGUCAGAUCGCUAAAGUUAGGUUUGAAAGCGUUACGGAUCGCUUCUUGGUUGAGCUUGGUCCUGUCGCAGCGGGUCAAGUGCCAAAAGAUGCAGACUUCAAGUACGAGAAUCUCGUGAAGGGCCUGAAAUAUGUGCCUGUAACGGUUUGGCCUCCUGAGUCCUUCGAAGAGGGUGCAGAGUUCAUGGUUUCGCUAUCCAAAUCCUUCGAGAACGCGCAUGGUAAUCGCCUGAAAACUAUUUUUGCCGAAACAUUGGUACAUAUGCUGCAUCCAAUUGCCAAGACUGCUCAAGCCGAAGUCAACCACCCUGAAUGGGCGAAGGCUAUAGAAGUGAUCUUCCCGAAAGCCAGAGAUAUGAUGGCGAAACCGCGAUACUGGCAUGUGGCAUUUCCCCUUGCCGUGACCGCUCUCUGUGUUGCACCUCAGGAGUACUUCUUACGCAAUUGGAACGUCUGUUUCGAAGCUGGAUUGAGCAAGAUUAAGGAACGGAUACACCGCCUUCCUGUGCUCAAUGGCUUGCUGCGCUUGAUGUGGACGUAUCUAUAUCGGUGUCAUGAGCCUGCGUCCACUGCGACUGCCAGGGUCGAGUCAGCGUUGAAGCACUUCUUUCCAGCUAACAAACUGACAGUCAGCCCUCAAGACGAGCAUCUUGAGCCGUUCAUCUAUCUCCUGCAUUUCAUACUCUCCCGUCAUUUCGACGUUGGCAGCGAGUUUUGUCUCGAGCUUUUGCAGGAGCGUAGUGUCACGGGGCAUCCGUCAAACCUGUCAAAUGUCCUAGCACCGGAGAGAAUAACGGUCGCCACACAAGCUAUCUUGCUUUCUCUGCAUGCCAUAGAGAGAGAAGAGCUGACACCUGCUUGGCCCACCAGCUGCGAGUUUUCCGUAUUGCCUGACCGCGAAGACUAUCCCACAUCUUCGAAGCCCAUCCCAGCAUCCGUGUUAUCCAAGGGGGGAUGGAAGGAUCUUAUCGAUCGUUCCAGUCUUUGCCUCACCACUUUUGGGCUGUACUGCUACCAGACAGUCGGCAAGUGGUCCAUCCUCGAUGAACAGUGGUCUGUUACCCGCAUCACUCCAAACUAUGAGGACGCGCAUAACUUCGUCAUUCGAUCGCAUGCGGAGUUCUCAUCAGUUGCAUACCCCAAUCAAUUUGCUUCCCAUAUUCACGUGCUGCAAACGGUGUAUCAAUCGUGGCCGCGCUGUCUCCAUUCCUCGCUGGCGAUCGAGGAUGCGUUUGACAUGCUCAUACGCGGCAUCCUCCAUGUCGAACCGGCCAUUGGCGAAGCUGCAAAUCAUGCGCUGCAGCGCUUUGUAAUGGACGGCUUAUACGUAUCUGUCUUGCUAAGUCGACUCUCCAACUUCCUCUUCGAUCCUGCCUCGAUUGGCGAAGGCUCUGGUCUGAAAUUGAACAUCGAAAGUCCGCGCCUCCUGGCCCUUUGGCUGACUUUCAUUGACCAAUGGAUCAAUGAGAUCAAGCAAAAACCACCUCGAGAGCUGAUUGCGGAGGAAAUGGAUGACAUCAAAGCGAGGGCUGUGGAGAUCGAGGCAGGAGCAUUAUUUCUACUGGCAUAUCAUAAGCUUCCUGCUUAUCAUUUCGGCUGCAAGGCGAUGCGCCUGUUAGCCGGAUUGCAUUCACACCUGCAGCUCCCAACGUCCUCUCUUGACCUGGCCGACGCACCGUUCCAGUUCGCAGCCGCGCUAAAUGGAAAGCUAGACCCGAAACUUUACCUCCAUGGUCACGAAGAUAUCCUUGAAGCGGAUGAGCUAGUGCGCCUCGAACACUGGAAGCAAGAUCGCCGUCAAGACGUUGCUUUGCAAUUGGCUGGAAGUGACAUUCUGGUCGACCGCAAUUUAUGGAGACAUAUCUUUCCGGCCCUUUUGCAAGUAUCGAUGCGGGAAUCAUGUAACAGUGUCCUGCUCAACUUCCGCGAGAAAGUGGUUGCAGCUGCGAACCGAUUUCAUCAAUUUGUGGUCCACUUGGCUGGCGUCAGCAACAGAACACCGUCCAACCUUCCUCAGCGUUCUGGCUCAGUUGGAGAGAAAGACAUGUCCAGGCUGGUUAGCGACCACAGGCCUACAAUCCAGCAAUGGCAUGCUUGGGUCAAGAUCAUAUGUGCUACCGCACAAGUGUCCGAUAACAGGCCUGCUGCGAAUCACUCGAAGCGAGACCAUUCCCGCGGAUGGUCUGAGGUCAAUGCUGAGAACGAGCAGAUGGCGAAUACACGCGAUCUUUUCAAGUAUUUGAGCCAAUUUCUCGAUUCCGAUCAUACUCUCUUUCGUGACGUCGCCGUCUCGAGCAUCAGCCUUUUCCCAGCAAGUGGCUACUCACAGCUUCUGGAAGACCUAAGCAUUCUUGCUUCCCGUCAGUUCUACGAUGAUACACGGUCGAAAGCAGCAAAUGUCCCCGUCGUCGGACGUGCCCGCAGGCAGGAACGGUUCCAUACGGCUGUUGCUCGCAUCUACUACCUGACUGCUCAUAUGCUCGAAGAUCAGCGAUCAUCAGGCAAGCAGACUGCGCUGACGCACGUCCUGAAGUAUGUCCGAAACAUGCAAGCGUUCCUUCUCGCCCCAGAGCAUCGUGAUUUGUUCUCCUUGCAAAGGCUUCGGCGCUACUUCUGUGGCACCGUACAGCGACUGUUUGAUGGACUCGCUACGCUCAACGACUCUGACCGGUUCAUCCCACCGAAUAUCCAUCUGGCUUUGUACAGGCUCUGCGAAGAGUGGUGUCAGUUUGGCAAACAAUCUGAGAACGUGACCAGGCGUCUCAUCAUCAUGCAGACUGCAGCUGGCAAGUCUCUCACUGAUCCAGCCGAUCAAGCAGAGAUCAUACAGCGCUUCCAAACUGAAACGAAAGCCUUGUCAUAUGCUGCUGUAGGCGCAAUGGCGGCUCUAAGUCACAAAGCGUACUUCCCUCCAGAUCAGUCCUCAGGAUCACCUACGGAUAGAACCAUGCUCGAUACAAUUUCUAAGCCUCUCCAAGCGACUCAAACCCUGGACCGAAUCACUGCCAUUCUCGCAAACUUCCAUGAACCAGUUCAAUCCGCAGGAAAGAAAGCUCUUCGCUCACUUCUUGUCCAUUCACAUUCCGAUAAUGAACUGCUCGAUGAAGUUCUUAGGAGAGCAUUCGUGACCACCCGAGAAUUGGACACCAGUAAUGCACGAUUCUUCGAAGUUGUCGCACAAGUCAUUUGUAUCAGUCCGCCAGUUCAUGGCUUCACGUUCAGUCAAGCUGUCUGCCUUGGGCUAUCGAACCUAUGCCAUCCCCUCCAGGAGAUUCGCCGCCAAGCUUUCAACGUCUUGGAGGCGAUACACGAGCAGUCUUGCGGCCUCAUCUCAUUGAUGCAAUAUGAGGCGGCAGUUUGCAGCUCUGCCCCCAGUGCAUAUUUAUAUGCCCAUCGUCUCAUCUCCGAUGUUCUCGCCGGAGAGCAUCCAGAUAAAGCCGUGAAUGUACUUGCGCAACUUGCUGAUUGGAUUCCUCGCGCAUUCGACAGCACCUCGGAUAAAGGAUCCCUCUUACUGUUGCAAAGCCUGGAAUACUGGAUACCGAGCAUGAAUCUCAUGGAUAGCACAAACUCCGCGUUGUCUCGGGAGGGUCGACUGGCCAUAUACCAUCUGAUGGCUCUAACACUGCGCUAUGCCGAGAGCUACGCUGAGCAGGUACUGGUUCUUUGGACCCGGCUCGUUGAUGCGCCUCACCAAGCAAAUGGUUAUGCUGUCAUCAAAUUUCUGCUGGAGCAGUCCCCGAAGGUGGGCAGCACUGUAUUUAUCAGCUGUGCUGCCAAAGUUGUUGCAUGUCUUUCGCAAAGCGCGGUCAGCAAUCUUGUGUUUGAGGAACUAUGCGGCUUGCUGGAUCCGUCUCGUAUGCUGCCUACCUACGAACACAAGAUGUCUCCACCAGAUGCGGAAGAGCUUGAGGAGUGGUCCGAUCUCGACAUUCUGUUUUCUGAGCAGCCGAAGUUGACCUUGGGUCAGACACAGUUUGCUUUGCUUUUCCUCUCGGAAGCUGCGACGGAGCGAUACUGGGGUUACGACGAGCAAAUGCCUGUCCUCUUACACGCCUUAUUCAUGCACCUGAAUUAUCGGCACCCAUUCAUCCAGCAGCGCUCCUGGCACAUGCUUUUCCAACUUCUCCGUUCUUGCAUGUCCGGCUACGACGAGAUGAUGGAUCGUUCACUUUAUCGAUCUCGCUCGGGGCUUAGAUCAACAAUAAGACAGCUGGAGCAGCAAGCUGACAUGAGGGUCUGGAAGGAGGAGGAAUCCAGGAGCCAAGCAGAAUCCAAGUUGAGAUGGUUGUCCGCUGAGGUUCUUGACCUGUUGGAGCCUCUCUAUCCUAGACUCCGUUCUCACUGGGGCUCUUGGGCCUUGAGAUGGGGCACAGCUUGCUUGAAGCGUGAUCUCGCUUAUCAGUCCUUGCAAUUGUAUAGGGUACUCAAUCCUCCCGUCAGUGCGCAAGAUAUAGAUAUGGUACUAGGCCGUCUCGCAAGCACGGUCGCCGACGAAGAUCCUAGCAUCCAGAAAUUCACUGUCGAGCUCAUUUUGACGUUGACAGCAUCGGCAUCGUCUGACGAUCUCGAUGCUGCUCUUCUCCCAAAGCUCUACUGGGGCGCUGUCGCCUGUCUGUCGACGACCGUGGAAAACGAGUUCCUCCAUGUCGUAGAGCUUCUUGACACAUUGCUGUCAAGGCUGGAUCUAGAUGACCCACCGGUUGUCGAUGCACUGCUGGAGCGAAAACCGUUGGCAUGGGAUGGAUCCCUGUCUCUCCAAUCCCGCCUCCUCAUAGGGCUGCGCUCUUCCACGACAUCGACACUCACGCUGAAGCUCUUACAGCGUCUGGCCGGUGUGGGCGAUGGUCGGCUGAUAGAUUCCUCGGACGGACGUGUGCGAGAUUUAUACACUCUGGCGCUUCCUCUUUGUCUCCAUGCGAUGACAAACGGCUCGCAGGAUCAGACAUUGCAGAGCUUUGCUCUCGACAUCGGGCGGCUCGCUGACGAGGAGGAACGACCAAGCAUCCAUCGCAUCAUGACGUCCUUCGCCAAAAGUCGUUUUCGCACCAAGGAGGACUUUCUCCGGGAGUCAGUUACCAGUCUUCGCGAGCAUUAUGGCUCUGAACAUUGGACUGAAAUCAUCACUUUGUUGAUGAGUCUGGUGCUGAACAAAGAGCAGUGGCUGCGGAGCAACACCAUGAAGAUUCUUAAGCUCCUGUUCCAGCAGCGCGAGACGAGAAGCCCUGUGAACCUGCUCGGGUCAGAAUUGCUGAUGCCUCUUUUGCGGCUUUUGGAGACAGAUCUUGCGUCCGAGGCUCUUGAUGUUCUCGAUGAGCCCCUACAAAUAUCCGGCGGGCCCGCAGCGAAGCAUGUGUUACGGAUGAGCCUCUAUCAUCACCUUCGUGCCGACGCCAAGGAAGUCGACUCUGUCGCUGAAGUCUUCGGUGUUGCACAGGAGUCCGGCUGGUGUGUCCCACGACCAAGUUCACUUCGGGAUGCGUGCAGGUCCAAUCUGUACGCCGUAUUCGAUUCCUCCAAGCACGGCCGGCCAUCUCGCAUUGAGUUCUCCCCGGAGGAGAUUCAGGCACCGCAGGACGAUUCGCUUGACGACGAUCUGGGCGACAUGGUGCAGAACUUGCAUGAGCUCAGCGCGUUCUUCCGGGAGGGGCAUUCGCCUGGUCCUGUAGCCAACAGGCAGCUCGAGGCGCGCAUCGCGGCGAUCCUAGCGAAGUCGUCGGAGGACAUCCCUCCCACGCCAUUUGCGGAUGCAUUUGACGUCGAGAGUGAGGUGGGGAGCUCGACGUCGUACGAAGAUUCGGAUGACUCGGAUUAUGAUACUAGUUCUGACCUGUUCGAGUUUGAUUCCCCCGCCAUGUCUCGGUAUACAUCGAAUUCAUCACAUUAA